CCCUUUGUCUUCUGUUCUUUCCUUUGUCUCCUCCAUAUCCUCAUUUCUCUCUCUAACCUUUUUCUCUUCAUCUCUUUACCCUGAAACAAGCUCAAGUAUAAACACUUCAUAGUCUCAAAACCAAAAUUGUUUGAAACUUUCUUCAAUAUAUAACCUACAAUUACAUAUUUAACAUCUUCUGUUCUUCUUGGUCCUCUCAAGAUUCAAGAUUUUAAUGUAAUUUUAGACGACGACCGACCGGACCAAGUUAAUUAAAAAUGGCGGAAAAAAGUUACUGGGGAUGGCCGCCGUCUGGAUCGCCACUUGUUAAUGGUAGAGAUGAUCGUAAUUGGAGUCAUUUCGACAGUUCAGUUAAUGCUAUCUCUUUUGGGUUUGUUGCUACAGCUGUUCUAAUUUCAAUGUUCCUCGUACUUGCUAUCCUUGAGAGGUUUCUACGCCCUACUUCGCCAGAGAUGACAUCUCCGAUCAUCACUUCCGGUCAUCACUUUAAUAGAAGAAGAGAUCAUAUUGAACAAGUUCAGAUUGAUUUUAUGAAGCCUUCUCUCCCCUUAACCAAAGUGUCUACAAAUGCUAGGGAAGUUUCGGUUCUAAUGCCGGGUGAGACCAUUCCUAGGUUUAUCGCGCAACCAACUCCACCCCCUUGCCCGCCAGAGAGGUUCAAAUGGCCAACUCAUCAUAGUAAUAUUUCGGUGUCAAAGCUAGGCCGGUCCACUGAUCCAAACUCAAACCCAAACCCGACCCCAAAUGCGUUUCUAGGGUCAAUUGAAAAUGACAUCCAAUGAAACAAUUCAAGAAAAAAAAAUGUUUGUUUCUUGUAAUGUUGAGGGUGGUACCUAUAAUGGAAUCCUUGGGGUACUUUUGUUAUGAAAAAUUAAAGUUUGAGGAUCUUUUUUCUAUGUACAUAUUGGUAGUUCUUGGUGAUAAGACAUAAUUUUAUA